AUGACGUAGUAAAGCAGGUGGGGGCUCCAAUGUUUCCGGAAACUGGAAUCCUCUAUUUAAGUCUUGGACCAAAGUCGGUGCUGUCAACUCACUCGACUCGAGCAGUUCUCAAGAACUACCGCGCAACGACAAGACUCGACAGACCGCUUCUUUCGGUCCACUUCAGAAGGACAGAGGACGAACUACUGGAGGAAAACAAAGGCACCACCAAGAUGUCUUCAGCUAAAGGACUUUCUAUCGGCAUCGACCUGGGCACCACAUACUCCUGUGUGGGAGUUUUCCAGAACGGGAAGGUGGAGAUCAUCGCCAACGACCAGGGCAACAGGACCACACCCAGCUACGUGGCCUUCACCGACACAGAGAGGCUGAUCGGAGAUGCUGCCAAGAACCAGGUGGCCUUGAACCCCACCAACACCAUCUUCGAUGCCAAGAGACUCAUCGGAAGGAAGUUUGAGGACUCCAUUGUCCAGGCUGACAUGAAGCUGUGGCCCUUCAAGGUGGUCAGUGACGGUGGGAAACCCAAAAUGCAGGUGGAAUACAAAGGCGAAAUGAAGACCUUCUCCCCAGAGGAGAUCUCCUCCAUGGUCCUGGUGAAGAUGAAGGAGAUAGCCGAGGCCUACCUCGGGCAAAAGGUGUCCAACGCCGUCAUCACAGUUCCUGCCUACUUCAACGACUCGCAGCGACAAGCCACCAAAGAUGCUGGCGUGAUCUCUGGACUGAACGUUCUGAGGAUCAUCAACGAGCCCACGGCAGCGGCCAUCGCCUACGGCCUGGAUAAGAGCAAGAGAGGAGAGCACAACGUCCUCAUCUUCGACCUGGGGGGAGGCACCUUUGACGUCUCCAUCCUGACCAUCGAGGACGGCAUCUUUGAGGUGAAGGCCACCGCGGGCGACACGCACCUGGGAGGAGAGGACUUUGACAACCGCAUGGUCAACCACUUUGUGGAGGAGUUCAAGAGGAAGCACAAGAAGGACAUCAGCAACAACAAGAGGGCGCUGAGGAGGCUGAGGACUGCCUGUGAGAGAGCCAAGAGGACGCUGUCCUCCAGCACCCAGGCCAGCCUGGAGAUCGACUCUCUGUUCGAGGGCAUCGACUUCUACACCUCCAUCACCAGGGCUCGCUUUGAGGAGCUCAACUCCGAGCUCUUCAGAGGGACCCUGGAGCCCGUGGAAAAGGCUCUGAGAGACGCCAAGCUGGACAAGUCCAGCAUCCAUGACAUCGUCCUGGUUGGCGGCUCCACCAGGAUCCCCAAGAUCCAGAAGCUCCUGCAGGACUUCUUCAACGGCAAAGAACUGAACAAGAGCAUCAACCCGGACGAAGCGGUGGCUUACGGCGCAGCGGUGCAGGCCGCCAUCCUCAUGGGCGACACCUCAGAGAACGUCCAGGACCUGCUCCUGCUGGAUGUGGCUCCCCUGUCUCUGGGGAUCGAGACGGCGGGCGGAGUCAUGACGCCGCUGAUCAAGCGUAAUACCACCAUCCCCACCAAGCAGACUCAGACCUUCACCACCUACUCUGACAACCAGCCGGGCGUCUUGAUUCAGGUAUAUGAGGGCGAGCGAGCCAUGACCAAGGACAACAACCUGCUGGGCAAGUUUGAGCUCUCUGGGAUCCCACCUGCACCCAGAGGGGUUCCCCAGGUGGAGGUGACCUUUGACAUUGACGCCAACGGCAUCCUCAACGUGUCUGCCGUGGACAAAAGCACCGGCAAGGAGAACAAAAUCACCAUCACCAACGACAAGGGCCGCCUCAGCAAAGAGGAGAUCGAGCGGAUGGUGCAGGAUGCUGAGAAGUACAAGGCCGAGGACGAGCAGCAGAGGGAGAAGGUGGCAGCCAAGAACUCUCUGGAGUCCUACGCCUUCAACAUGAAGAGCAGCGUGGAGGACGAGAACGUCAAAGGGAAGAUCUCUGAGGAGGACAAGAAGAAGAUCGUUGACAAGUGCAAGCAGACCAUUUCCUGGCUGGAGAACAACCAGCUUGCCGAGAAAGACGAGUAUGAACAUCAGCAGAAGGAGCUGGAGAAGGUCUGCAGCCCCAUCAUCAGCCAGCUGUACCAGGGAGGCGGAGCUCCGCAAGGCAGCGGCUCUCAGAGCGCAGGAGGCUCCAGAGGCCCCACCAUUGAGGAGGUGGACUGAAACAGGGACUGGAGCUCCAUGAUCCUCCCUCCACUUCUGAACAUGAGAACUUGACAAACAUUUCUGCUGCUCUCUCACGAUGCUAUUGUUAAUGCUGCAAGUGAAAUGUCAUGUGAUAAUAAACGUGUAAUCUAAUGUUGUUACUGUGAUCAACAACAUGAGAAGCUGUUUUAUAUUUGUAUUUAUAUAUUUGACUCCAUGACCUGACUUGUUAUAAUA